AUGGAUCUAUCAUAUCAUACAAUUGCUAUUGUUUCAGCACAAAAUUGUAAAUUGAAUGCUAAUGGUCAAAACUAUGAUUUCUCCAAGUUAGCAAAUUCUACAUCAUGGUCAGUUCAAGAUGCUUCUAGAAACACAUACUAUUUCAAUAUUUGCCAAGCUGCCUCGAAAUGUGAAGCUAUUGACCAACAAUGUUCUGUAUGUCAACAAGCACCAUCAUAUACACAACCAAAAGUUAAUUGUGGUCAAGCCUCCUAUGCUAAUGUCAAUUCUUUAAGCAAUGGCGUUGCUGGUGGUUCUAUUACAUAUACUGGUGGUACCCUCUGUCAUUCAGGUAUUGCCAGAAGUACUGAAAUUCAAAUGAUGUGUACCUCUGGACCAACUCAAAUUCUGAGUGCAACUGAGGUCUCCGCCUGUACAUACGUCAUCAAACUCAACAGUAAUUUGGCCUGUCCAACAACAACAACAACAACAACAUCGAGUUCAUGGAAUAGCACAACUGGAUCGCCAACAUCGAGCUCAUGGAAUAGUACAACAGGAGCACCAUUCACUACCUAUGGAACAACAACAUUCAAUCCAACAACAACCACAACCACUUCACCAAGCAGUGGAGGUGUUACUACCCAUACCACAACUACCAGUGAUGAUUAUCUGACCACAACAAAUACAGUUACAGCCAGAGAGAAUUAUGAUUCAUAUGUUGUGAUUAAUACAACAACUGUAUCGAGUGACACUGCAACAUUGACAACAACCGUUACUUCAACAAUCAAAUCUGGUGAAAUCUCGAAUAUCGUCACAACCACAACCUACACCGAAGGAACAUCGACCACCACCGACACUCAAACACAAAAGAAACGUCUUGGUUUGACCAUUUCACCAGAUAGAAUCGAAAUCUUUGAGAUUGAGCCAGAGGAAGCCAACGACUCUUCUUCUUUGAAAUCAAAUUCCUUGAUGUUAAUCUUGAUUUCUGCAUUCAUUUUACUUCUAUCAUCUUUUUAA